AUGCGCCCCUCCGCGGCGGCCACGGCCGCCUUCCUAGCCCCCGCCGUCACGGCCUCCAGCCGCCUGGUUCCGCUCCGGCGGGCGAGGCGCUUCGCCGUACGCUGCGUCGCCGCCCCUCCCGCCUCCAAGCCUGCGUACUCGCCCUCCAAGACUGGAAAUUGGCAGUGGACAUUUGAGGAUAAACCAGUAAGCGUUUACUAUGAGGAACAUGAGCAGGGGACUGCUGAGAAUGUGAAGAACAUCCUUAUGAUCCCUACGAUUUCUGAUGUUAGCACAGUGGAGGAAUGGAGGGUGGUCGCCAAAGAUAUUGUGACACGGAAAGGAGAACUCAGCUACCGUGCUACUAUUGUUGAUUGGCCUGGUCUGGGUUAUUCAGACAGGCCAUCACUGAACUAUAAUGCUGAUGUGAUGGAGAAUUUUCUGGUUCAGCUACUGAACUCACCAAAUAGUCCUGUGGCGGAUGCAGAUGGUGAACUGGUAGUUGUUGGAGGUGGUCAUGCAGCAACCAUAGCUAUCCGUGCAGCUGGGAAGGGCCUUAUCAGACCAUCUGCGGUUGCUGCUGUUGCACCUACUUGGGCUGGACCCCUUCCAAUUGUAUUUGGCCGAGGUUCUGAUAUGGAAACAAGGUACGGGCUUCUACGAGGAACCCUCAGGGCCCCAGCCAUCGGCUGGAUGAUGUACAAUCUUCUGGUGAGCAACGAAAAGUCCAUCCAGUCCCAGUACAAGUCCCAUGUGUAUGCCAACCCUGAGAAUGUGACACCAGAAAUCGUCGAGAGCCGCUAUGAAUUGACCAAAAGAAAAGGCGCACGAUACGUCCCUGCCGCGUUCCUGACGGGCCUUCUCGACCCCGUCCAGUCGAGGGAAGAGUUCCUGCAGCUGUUUGCCAAGUUGGAUGGAGAUGUCCCUGUUUUAGUGGUGUCGACACUGAAUUCCCCCAAGAGGUCCAAGGCCGAGAUGGAGGCUCUCAAGGGCGCCAAAGGCGUGACCAAAUUCGUGGAGGUCCCGGGCGCGCUUCUGCCGCAGGAAGAAUACCCCUUGGCAGUUGCGGAGGAGCUCUACGACUUCCUGCAGGAAUCAUUCUCGUCAGGAAGAUGA